AUGACGUCUUGCGGAAUUCCGCUCCAAAUAUUGCAGUCCAAGAAGGAAAACAAUCGUAACGUUGAGGCUCCCCAACCCUCCCAUUCCGGGUUGGCGGCUGCUGCGAUCAAUUCCAUGUUAGUAACCGACCGUAGCCGGCUGGAGGACAACACAGCCGGCGGCUCUGGUGGAGCAAUAUCCCUCAACGCUUCACAACUGGUCAUGCCACGCAUAGCUGCCGUGACUUGGGAUGGCAUGAGCACCCUCAUAAACAACACUGCAAGUAUGAAGGGGGGUGGCUUGUAUGCAGUAUCGCAUGCUGUCCAUGUCUCCUUGCUUGGAAAAAGCGAAUGGACUGACAACACAGCCCAAGAUGGCGGUGGAGCUAUGUACAUCGAGGCCUUCAAUUUGCCUGAGGAAGCCAGCUCUGUCAGGAUUGGUGGUGCAAGCCAGCUGAGCAGGAACGGUGCCAAGAAUGGCGGUGCGAUUUACGUUAAUGGAUUUGCCGACAUACAGGUUGGCGAGGGAAGUGACAUCUCCCUCAACACCGCGAAGUACGACGGUGGAGCAGUCUUCCUGGCCCAACUCCCUUCUGAGAUCCUCGUGCAGUCCAGCAGUGUGUCCAACAACACGGCUCAUCGCGGUUCAGGGGGAGCUUUCUAUGUAGGGACGGUUGAACCAGUAUUCCUGCCACACGCCACUGACCCAAGCUGCACCCUGUACGGGGACAAUAUGAAUAUCAGCAUAUUGAACAGUUCCUUCGUCGGGAACAUUGCGGGCGUAGCAGACGGUGGAGCUUUGUAUCUUAAGCCGCAUGAGACCUGCAGUUCGGAAACCAGUGCAUUGCUGCAGAUUGACGGUUCCAUUUACACCCAAAACACCGCACUGGGUGCUGGUGGGGCAAUUGCAGUACGUGACGCCUCAAACUCUAAAGUUACGGUCAGCAUUUCGAACAGCGCCUUCAAAGGCAACACAGCGGGAACAGUUGCUGGUGAUUUUACAAGCUCGGCAAACUUCGGUGGUGCACUGAUGAUAUGGCACGAGCCGACUGACUCAGGAGGGAACUUCACAGACGCCUGUCAUCUUGCGGUUGAUAAUACAUCUUUUCAGGGGAAUAGCUGCGACGGGGGAACCGGAGGUGCUCUUAUGCUUAUUUCCUGUGCCUCACGAUUUUCCAGAUGCAACUUCACCGAUAAUCAUGCAACACACAGUGGUGGGGCGAUGGGUGCGCUACAGAUGGCACGCUCUACCGCUACUCUGGGGCUUGUGACGACCUCGGCCUUUGCAGCUGUCGCCAAUGGUGCUGGUUUCUCCCAGCAGGCACAAAGUAUGUCCGGUCAACAGCCGAGGCUCCUGCUUGAUGGUGACUUCAUCACGCAGCGGCAAAACCCAACACAACGACGGAUAGAUGCAAUUGGGAAGGAUGCUGAUUUGAGUAACAGCCGCCAAAACGGUCGCCGCAAGCUCUGGGAUGAAACGGAAUGCAGCAUCAGCAGUGAAAGUAGUACCAGGUGGAAUGUUAAGCUGGAAAAGUGCAUUUUUUCUCAGAACUCUGCUGACCGAGAGUAUGGGGGCGCCCUUUAUUUGUAUAUGACAUCGGGUAACGGCCAGAUCCGAAUUGCAAGCUGCUCCUUCGAGAAAAAUAGGGCCGUGCUUCAGCGUGCUGGAGCUGUUUUUCUUGCAGCGAGAGGCGCCAACGCUAGCGUUGAGGUGUUUGACUCUUCCUUUAACCGAAAUGCUGCCGACCUGAGCAGUGCUGGAGCUUUAUAUGCAUUGGUCGGCCAGGAUGCCUGUGCAACACUCGUGAACUUGAGCAUGAUUAGCAACCAGGCUGCCGUGUCUGCCGGGGCCAGUGUGCUAGAUGUACGAAGCAAUGGAUUUGUCCGCUUAGAGAACUCCAUUGGUGGGGAAAACCAUGCAGCUGGUGGUGAUGGAGGCGCUGUUCUACUGCAGCUUCAAAAGGAUGCGCAUGCUUUUAUUAGCAACUGCAACUUCAGUGACAACAGUGCAGCCGGGAAUGGUGGUGCUCUGCUCGUGGACGCUAACUGCAGCUCAUCGCUGUUGGUGGAAAAGAGUAUCAUGAACCACAACCACGCUGGCUUGUCAGGUGGUGCCAUUUAUGCUUUGUAUGGUUCAAAGGUUGGCCAGGUAAACUGCUCUUCAUUAGUGCUGAGCCAUAGCACCAUACAGAACAGCAGUACUUCUGGCUCUGGUGGCGGGUUCUGGGCAUAUGGCUGCAGGCGGCUCCUCUUGGAGUAUGUGAAUAUUACAGGCAACAUCGCUAGGGUUUCUGGCGGCGGUCUAACCUUUUCGGGUCCCACGGAUGACAUAGCAGCAGAGGGGCUAACUGGGAACACUGCCUUAGGUGGUGAAACGCCUCAAUACACGAGCAUGAUUGUCCAUAGAGCCCGGGUCCAUGAUAAUGCAGCUGCCCUGUCGAGUGACGCGCUAGAGGGUUGCCAAGGGAAGGAUUCCUUCCAGCCCGGAGAAAAAGGAAAGGGUGGUGGUUUCUUUAUAACUGGCAAGGUUGCCGGCGUGCUGAGCCUCGUGAACUUGGAGCAGCCGAAUUACGCAUCCCUGGGGAGCGCUAUCGCAUCCACGCAACGCUGCAAGCAAGCCAGCCUAUCAAAUGCCGCAUCCAACGGAUUGGUCGGCACCGAUGACGUCCGGGUGAGGAACUGGGAUGAGUCCUGGGCGUUGCUUGACAGCCUGGCUACUGCAAACUGCUGGCUUCUCCAGUUGGGAGAUACCUUGUUACCUUCGGUCACUUUAGAUGCAGAAGGCAUGACGCAACCAUCCCCGCAGCAGAAACACACAAUUUGGAUGGAGGAUUUCCUAGCAUCAGCUCUGCAAGUAUCGUGCAACGGGAAGUGGGAAAUCUUGGAAUCGCUGUACGAUGCGGGAGAAGAUGAAGCUGCAGGGCAUUAUGAUGACGACGUACCCCUCCUGGUCAAAACGUUUCUUGCUGACUCGAUUACACAGCGUGCUAAUGACAACCCUGACUUUAUCGCUGGUCAAGUACUAACCAUGGCGACUCCAGAUGGGAAAUUACCUGGGGCGGCUGCUGUGGCCGCGGGUCUGUCGCAGAAAUGGUUUGAUCAGCUCCUCAGCCAGCUUUCUAGUUGCAUGCGCAAUCAACAACCAACAAGCGACAAACAACAUUCAGCCAUGCGACAACAAUCAUACCUUGCGCUUCCAGCAGCAUACAUGGGUUUGCGUCUUUUGGACACGGACUUGGUGUACAGUCAGCGUCUACAGCUCCAGCCCGGGUUCGCUGUCAACCUCACUGCACAGUUGUACGACAUGUCAGGCCAGGCCGUUACUUGGGGUAGGUAG